GAAUGAGCGAUCCUAUGGAAGACCUGACAAUAGUGACAGCAUAUUUUGAUUUAGGAUCUUUCCGGAAAGGACCUUCACAGACGUUUUCAAGGAAAAAUUACACCGAGUGGGCUAAAACAUUUAAAUAUUUGAAUAACUUUUUAGUUGUUUAUACAGACUCUGUGGUGUUCCGAAAUUUUUUCCGUCGCCUACGUAAAGGAAAGGAACAAAGAACCAAAAUUAUUUUGAUGAAUAGGACGCAAUUCUGGACAUUUCAAAUACGUGAUGAAAUACAGAAAAUAUUUUCGCAGGAAGAGUACCCUAUACAUUAUCCUAACACAGUCCUCCCGGCGUAUUCAUGUGCUCAGCAUACAAAAUAUGCAGCAGUCGCCGAUACUAUCAGGAAAAAGUACUUCAGAUCAAAAUGUUAUGCAUGGCUGGACAUUGGGUAUUUCCGCGAUGUCGUUAACUCAAAAAGAUACUUCUCUCUGAAUUUAUUAGAUGAUUUCGAUAAGAACAAGCUGUCUGUAAACCUUGUCUAUCCGUCGGUUUCAUUAAAUAUCACUUAUGAAGCAACAGUUUAUGAUAAUCACGUUUGGGUGGGAGGGGGUAUGUUUAUUGGAACAGCUGACGUCAUCACGGCGUUUGAGGCGGAAUAUCAACGAGCUGUAACGUUCCUGCUGGACAAGCAACUGAUGAGUACGGACCAACAAGUCCUUCUGUCAAUGUAUAGUCUGCAAGGUCAGAAAGAUUUAAACGUGACAGUACAACUUCAGCUUUAUUCUCGAAAACAGAAUGAGACUAACUUGAAGAAUGACAAUCCAUGGUUUUACCUAGGAUACAAGUGUUUGAAUUUUACCUCGACAAUUGAAAGACAACAAGCACUUGAGACGAUCUCAAGUAACCUAUUGCGGUCGCCUUCCAGCCGUCGCGUGUAACCCUAUGUAGCGUGCCUUGUACAUAUAUUUGGUUAUAUUGCACAAUAUA